AUGGAGAAUCAGCAGCACAUGGUGUUACUUUCAAGUCCAGGGCUUGGCCAUCUCAUACCAAUCAUCGAACUGGGAAAACGAUUCGUCUUCCACCACAACCUCAAAAUCACCAUCAUCGCCUUCACUUCGCAUACAUCACAUGCUGAAAAACGCGUCCUCAAGACUGCCACGUCCGGCGGUUUCAUCGACAUCGUAGAAAUCCCCCCGCCGGACAUAUCCUCCGUCAUCGACCCCGACGCCGCCAUCGUCACCCGCCUCUGUGUCAUGAUGCGUGAAGGCGUCCCUGCCAUCCGUGACGCUCUUUCCAAGCUGGCAGGCACGGCCACGGUGCGACCUUCGACACUCAUCAUAGACAUAUUUGGGAUGGAGGCUCUUGGUGUUGCAGAAGAAUUGAAGAUGCGUAAGUACGUGUUCGUGGCUUCCCAUGCUUGGUUCCUUUCCUUGUUGAUAUACGCUCCAACUCUUGACAAACAAGUUCAGGGUCAAUAUGCUGACCAGAAAGAACCAUUCCAGAUCCCCGGUUGCACUCCGCUUCGACCCGAAGACGUGGUUGACACCAUGUUGGACCGAAAUGACAAGCAAUUAGAUAUUUGGACUUUGAUCUCCUUGAAAGACGUCAAACGCAACUUGUGUUUUGCCGGUUUUCAGAGCAAAACGAAAGCUGCAUUUUGCAGGAUGCAAGAUUGCAUGUUCGACACGUGUAGAUGA